GCUUACUUGAAGCCUUCCCUUCAACCACUCCGUACUGUAAUGGCUAUGAUGCCUUUGGCAAUUCCUGAACUUGUGCUCGCCGAUUGUUAUAGAAACAUUCGAUUAGACUUACAAUACAAGAACGUGUAGGCCAAUUGUGUAGCGAAUGGGCCCCUCUGACCUGGACGCGGAGCGUGAAGCGACCAUGGCUAGGAACAAUGCCAUUCUGGAAGAGAUUGGCUUAGGAAAUGCCUGCAAGGAGUUCAAGGAUGCUGCGGCUAAACUUAGGCCAGUGUCGGGCAAGAAGCGGCAACAAAGCACUAAAGGUCCGCCACUCCGCAAGUCUUCCCGUCUGGAGGGGCGACCCCAGCCAGGCAACGACCAGGAAGUUAGCGACGAAGAUGAGGAGAAUGAGGCUGCUGUAAGCCUGGAUUCUGAGGAGGAGAAGAACGGGACGGUAACGGACGGCGACGAGGCACCUGAGCUGUGGUCGGAUGAGCAGGAGGGCUGGGCAACCGGUCAAGGAUGGAAUCUCGAGGAUGGACCCGGCGAGCUGCUUCACAGGCUGGCGUUGUUCCAGGUCAUCGGCAUUAGAAUGGAUCAGCGCGAGUCCUUCUUGCGGUGGUACAAGAACUCGCGGAUUAUGACUGUCGAGGGCAUUACCGCUCAAGACCUGAAGAUGCCAUGCGCCUUCACGACUAUGUUUGAUGCGGGGAUACAAGAGCGCCUCACGCAGGUAGGCAUGUCGCUUUUCGACGUGAAGAAGGUGGAGAAGGCGAUGGAGGAGGCGGCGAAGGCGGCGAAGGAGGCAGCGAAGCUGCUCGAGGCACCCAAAUCACGAAAGUCGGGCUCGUUGCCAACACCAGGCGGCCCCUCCCUCGGGUCGUCCUCUGCUAACCAGCGGCAGGGAAAACGUACCAGCGAGAAGGUGACCAAGAAGAUUGAGAGCGUGUACGGGCAGGCUGUGUUGGCGAGCCGGGAGGCCUUCAAGAGCCUGGAGCCCUCGGUGAUGGAGGCAAACGACUUGAAGAUCAUCAAAGACAUGGGGGAGCACAUCCGGUGCCUGCUGGGCGUGGGACAAGGUGCGCCCAUGGAGACAGUGAAGGCCAGGCUGCGGCAGGCGGUGCAAGUGAAGGCUAAGAACAUGCGCCGAUGCAGCAAGCCAAAAGACGUGAACCUGGACACGGUCGAUGAGGAGGAAGGCCUGCAGCCGGCAUCACCAUCAGCACCGGGUGAGGAGGAGGAGCCAGCCACGCCCGAGGUGCCCAAGCCGUACAUGUGGGCUAAGCUGCCUGGAGGGGACACGGAGAAGUACGCUGCGGCUGACAACCACCUCGACUGGCUGGCGGACUUCGACAUAGGGGACAACGCAGGGUGCAUCCUUGUGGGAAGCCUGGACAAGGACGAGUUGGUUCCGGUAACACUUGGCUGCGGCCUGCUGCUGGACCCACUGGACGCCAAGACCGACCCGGCGGCUACCGUUGACGUCCUGGUCUUUGGCAUCAACACUAACGUCAAGCGCACCAAGAACGCUUACAUGCCGUCCAGUGUGGGCGGCAAGACUAGCACCUUUGCGCUGGAGGAGAAGGACAAAGACGGCAAGCUGGUACGCAAGCUUGCAAGGUCCCAGAC